AUGCUGGCCUCGGGGCUGCUUCUGGCGGCUCUGCUGUCCUGCCUGACAGUAAUGGUCUUGACGACUGUGUGGCGGCAAAGGAAGCUGUUGGGAAAGAUGCCUCCUGGCCCCCCAGCACUGCCCUUCAUCGGGAACUACUUGCAGCUGAACACAGAGCAGAUGUACAACUCCCUCAUGAAGCUCAGCGAGCGCUACGGCCCAGUGUUCACCGUCCGCCUGGGCACGCGGAGCGUCGUGGUGCUGUGCGGACAGGAGGCUGUGAAGGAGGCUCUGGUGGACCAGGCUGAGGAAUUCAGUGGGCGAGGCGAGCAGGCGACCUUUGACAGGCUCUUCAAAGGCUAUGGCGUGGUGUUCAGCACCGGGGAGCGCGCCAAGCAGCUCAGGCGCUUCUCCAUCAGCACGCUGCGGGACUUCGGCCUGGGCAAGCGGGGCAUCGAGGAGCGCAUCCAGGAGGAGGCGGGCUUCCUCCUCGAGGCCAUUCGGGGCACACGCGGUGCCUCCAUCGAUCCCACCUUCUUCCUGAGCCGAACCGUCUCCAACGUCAUCAGCUCCAUCGUCUUUGGGGACCGCUUUGACUAUGAGGACAAAGAGUUCCUUUCGCUGCUGAGCAUGAUGCAGGGAAGCUUCCAGUUCACAGCCACGUCCACGGGGCAGCUCUAUGAGAUGUUCUCCUCGGUGAUGAAGCACCUGCCGGGGCCACAGCAGCAGGCGCAUAAGGAACUCCAGGGGCUGGAGGCCUUUAUAGCCAAGAAGGUGGAGCAGAACCAACGUACGCUGGAUCCCAACUCCCCGCGGGACUUCAUCGACUCCUUCCUCAUCCGCAUGCAGGAGGAGCAAAAGCACCCUGACACAGAGUUCCACCUGAAGAACCUGGUAAUGACCACGCUGAACCUUUUCUUUGCGGGCACCGAGACCGUCAGCACGACCCUGCGCUAUGGCUUCCUGCUGCUCAUGAAGCACCCAGAUGUGGAGGCCAAGGUCCACGAGGAGAUUGACCGGGUGGUUGGCAAAAACCGUCAGCCCAAGUUCGAAGACCGGGCCAAGAUGCCCUACACAGAGGCGGUGAUCCACGAGAUCCAGAGAUUCGGAAACAUGAUCCCCAUGGGCAUGGCCCACAGAGUCACCAAGGACACCACAUUUCGGAACUUCCUCCUCCCUAAGGGCACUGAAGUGUUUCCAAUGCUGGGCUCCGUGCUAAAAGACCCCAAGUUCUUCUCCAACCCUGGAGAUUUCAACCCGCAGCACUUCCUAGAUGAGGAAGGGCAGUUCAAGAAGAACGAUGCUUUCGUGCCCUUCUCCAUUGGAAAGCGGUACUGCUUUGGAGAAGGCCUGGCUAGAAUGGAGCUCUUCCUCUUUCUCACCACCAUCAUGCAGAACUUCCGCUUCAAGUCCCCGCAGUCACCCAAGGAUAUCGACGUGUCCCCGAAACAUGUGGGCUUUGCCACCAUCCCUCAAAACUACACCAUGAGCUUCCUGCCACGCUGA